AUGAACAACGUAGAGGAACAUAUUAUUGAUGGAUAUGAUAAAUCAAAGGAACUUUUGAAAGAAAAUUCAGCAUCAGAAAGGACGGUGAAAAAAUUGUCAAAUAGGUUGACUGAAAAAACUAUCAAUUCACACAACAUCCCAAUCAAAACACGCAAAAGGAGGAGAGCGGAAGUAGAAGGCGAACCUAAAUAUUCUAAGGAGAAAUUUGGGAAUAAGAAGAAAUUCAAAAAUCAUGCAGUUGUGACAAAUGUUUCAGAAUUAUCAAAUAUAGGAUCAAAUAAGAAUGCUAAAGGGGACGAAAACGUUGUAAACACCAAAAUUGAAAAGAAUGUGGGGGUUGUUCUUGAUUGCAAUAUAAGCAUUGAUGAUUCUGACAAUGAUAAUGAUUUUGACAACAGUCUUGAUAAUGGUGAUGAUGUUUUUGAUUCUGAUUCUGACGAUAGUGUUGAUAGUCAAAGUUAUUACGACAAUGAAGGUAAGAAAUGGACCAAAUCUGAAAUGAAAGCCCAAGAAUUAAAGUUAUAUAAAAAAUUGGAGUCGACCAUUAAACAUUUUAAACUUGCUUCUGAAAUAGUUGAACCGAGUGUUCUUGAAGCAAUACUAGAUAAAGCCAUUAAAAAGAUAAAACCAUUUUGCGACGAAUAA